CAUCUUGGACUUCCGGCCGCCAUAGACGACCCGCAGGCUUUCCGUUACUCGGCUGCUCUCCGGUACGCUGUGUGUCACUGUGCUCCAUCACUAUGGUUCUGCUGACAAUGAUCGCUAGGAUUGCGGACGGACUGCCGCUCGCCGCGUCCAUGCAGGAGGACGAACAGUCCGGCCGCGACCUCCAGCAGUACCAAAACCAGGCCAAGCAGCUCUUCCGUAAGCUCAACGAGCACUCGCCCACCCGGUGCACGCUGGAAGCCGGGCCCGUCACCUUCCACUACGCCAUCGAGAAAGGGGUCUGCUACCUGGUGCUCUGCGAGGCGAGCUUCGCCAAGAAACUGGCAUUCGCCUAUCUCGAGGACCUGCAGGCCGAGUUCGACGAGCAGCACGGGAAGAAGGUGUCCACGGUGUCCCGGCCGUACUCCUUCAUCGAGUUCGACACGUACAUUCAGAAGACCAAGAAGUCGUACAUUGACAGCCGUGCCCGACGCAACCUGGGGAGCAUCAACAGCGAUCUGCAGGACGUGCAGAGGAUUAUGGUGGCCAACAUCGAGGAGGUCCUGCAGCGAGGAGAGGCGCUCUCAGCUUUGGAUUCGAAGGCCAGCAACUUGUCCAGUCUAUCCAAGAAGUACCGGACCGAUGCCAAGUACCUGAAUACACGCUCUACGUACGCCAAGCUUGCAGCGGUAGCCGUCUUCUUCGUGAUGCUCAUCGUCUACGUGCGCUUCUGGUGGCUAUGAACACCCAUGGGUUUGUGCGGCGUUGCUUUUGGCUUUGUUGUCAGGCCCCCUCUACCAGAGACAAUGUGCCCCUGUGGGUGCCAUAUCGCUGAAGACUGACUUGCUCGAUACUGUGGGCACACAGGUGUGCCAGAGGUUACAACCUCAGUGUGAGGGACAUAGAAGGCAAGGGUGGGGUGGGGUAUCAACCACACCAAGGAGUAGGUCAGCCAUCUUUAGUUCUGUUUCCUUCUGUUAAAUUAAAAACUUGUGUGUCUGCCACCCCAGACAGGUUGAGGUCUCUGCACUUAACGGCUU